GGCAUCAUCCAAUAAGGUCAGUUAAACUGACAGCUGACUAAGUUUACAACAGUUUGGGUAUUUUCAGGUUAGGUACAUGAGCCCUAUGUUCUUAUAAGUUAUAACAAUAAAAUUCCUUUGAAACAUUUAAGUGAGCUUUUAUUAAAAAAUGUCUAACAAACAGAACCUUGAAAAACUAGCAUUAGAUCUAUUUAAUAUAAAUGCAGUUAAAUUUGGAGAAUUUAUGACGAAAAGUGGAAUAAAGUCACCGGUCUACUUUGAUUUAAGGGUCAUUGUUAGUUACCCGGAAGUUAUGGAGUUAAUUACCGAUUUACUUUACGAUUUAGCUCUCAAAGAUGAUCAGUAUGACCAUGUGUGUGGAGUUCCAUAUACAGCUUUACCAAUAGCAACAUUGUUAGGGGUUAAAGCGAGAAAAUCUAUGUUAAUGAGAAGGAAGGAAGCAAAGGCUUAUGGAACAAAAAAGAUGAUAGAAGGACAUUUUAAAAAAGGAGAUUCAUGCUUAAUAAUAGAAGAUGUUGUAACCUCUGGAUCAAGCAUACUAGAAACUGUAAGUGAUUUAAAAAGAGAAGGACUAGUUGCAAAUCAGGCUGUUAUAAUAUUAGAUAGAGAACAAAACGGGAAACAGAAUUUAGCAGCCAAUGGUGUUUACAUAAAAUCACUUUUCACUAUGUCAGAGAUACUAAAAAUUCUGGUUGAUAACGAGAAAAUAACAAAGCAAAUGGGCAUUGAUGUUAUUAACUAUUUGAAUGAUGUUAAAGCGCCUGCAUCAGUUCCAGUUGUAGACAGAAUAAUACUUCCAUACGAGGAAAGAGCGAAGUUAGCAGUGAAUCCUGUUGCAAAACAAUUGUUUUCGAUCAUGGCCACAAAAAAAUCUAACCUGUGUCUAUCUGUUGACCUGACUUCGGCAGUUGAUAUACUUGAUUUAUUGGAAAAAGUUGGUGAACAUGUAUGCUUAGUGAAGACCCACAUUGAUAUUAUUGAAGAUUUCUCUGAUAAUUUUGUAACGCAACUAAAACAGUUAGCACAAAGAUUUAAUUUCCUAAUUCUGGAAGACAGAAAGUUUGCGGACAUCGGGCAUACAGUAUCAUUGCAAUAUUCAAAGGGUGUAUAUAAAAUAGGAGAAUGGGCUGAUUGUGUGACAUCACACUCUCUACCUGGAGAUGGUAUCCUGAAAGCUCUAAACAAUGUAAUGGAUUGUGCUAAUAGGGGUGUAUUUCUGCUAGCUGAAAUGAGUAGUGCAGGUAAUCUCAUUUCUUCAGACUAUACUGAGGCAACAGUUAAAAUGGCUGCCAAAUAUCCCGAGGCUAUAGUUGGAUUUGUUUGUCAAAAUAAGAAAACAUUUAAUGAACCUGGUUUCAUCCAACUCACUCCAGGAGUUCAGCUCGAAAGUUCAAAAGAUGAGCUUGGACAAGUCUAUAACACUCCAGAAAAAGUUAUAUUAGAAAACGGUGCUGAUGUUGUGGUAGUGGGGAGGGGGAUAGUAGCUGCUAAAAGUCCUGAAACUCAAGCGGUAAUCUAUAAGGAUACUCUAUGGAAAUGUUACAUGAAAAGAAUUUCUGGCAAAUUGGAGUAGAGGAAUAAGUUACAGAAUUCCAAGUUUAAAUGUUAUUCUAAGUUUAAGUAUUUUUAUAUUGUUCAUAUUUUAUUCUUAUAUAAGACUCCUGUAUGGUUGUCAGCCUUACUGUUUUUUAUAAUCAACUAAAAGAUCAAUGGGUGCUAGAUGAAAUCGUUAUUUAAGGUACAGAGUCUUGUUGACUUCUAUUUACAAGUUAAGUAAAAGUUUAGUAUUUUACAUUCCAUAUUUUGGUAAAUAUGUUCUGAAGCUAAUAAACAAUUUAUAGAAUUUUAUUUUA